UCUGAUUGCUCUAAGCUCUGACUCAUAAACUAAACUUUUGAAAAGUUAUGCAGUGGAAAAACCAUCUCAUUUUAUAGAAGUUUUCUGUGAAAAUGCAAACUUAAUUUCGUGUUAUUAUUCUAUUUCAGGCUCAUUUAAUCUCUUUAAUCAGCAAACAAAAGACAGUGUGCCAAUAAAGUUCAUUGGACUCGCAAGGCAACGGAUCUGAAGGUGCUAUGUCUGCUUUAAAGUUUCAAAACGGUGAUGCAGAUGAUGACUGGGACACUGAUCCAGACUUUGUCAACGAUGUCACUGAGCAAGAACAGAGGUGGGGAUCUAAAACAAUCCCCGGAUCCGGGCGCGACAUUGGCUAUGUUGAUAUGAAAAAGAUUCGAGAGGAAGUAUCUGAAGCAAAUGCGAAGCAAACAAAAAAAUCGGAAUCCUCUUUUGGAUAUGGCGGGAAAUUUGGAGUCCAGACAGACAGGAUGGACCAAUCAGCUGUUGGUCACGAGUAUGUGGCUAAAGUAGAGAAACACGCCUCCCAGAAAGAUUAUAGUGCUGGGUUCGGAGGUAAAUAUGGAAUCCAGAAGGAUCGGAUCGACAAGAGUGCUGUCAGUUGGGAUCACAAAGAAGUUGUGGAAAAGCAUGGCUCUCAGAAAGAUUACAGCUCAGGGUUCGGUGGCAAAUAUGGAGUUGAGGUGGACAAACAAGAUAAAUCAGCUGUAGGAUGGGAUCACAUUGAAAAAAUUGAAAAGCACGAGUCUCAAAAAGAUUACGCGGUUGGAUUUGGAGGGAAAUUUGGCGUUCAAGCUGACCGUCAGGAUAAAUCUGCCAUGGGCUGGGAUCACAUUGAAUCGGUUGAAAAACAUCAUAGCCAAACAGAUCACAAUAAGGGUUUUGGAGGAAAAUUCGGUGUUGAAAAGGAUCGAGUCGACAAAUCAGCACAUGGAUUUACGGAAGCAGAAAAAGUAGGGACAAAUUAUGUCAAAUCAAAACCUGAAAUUGGAUCCGUCAAACCAUCAAGCCUACGAGCGAAAUUUGAAAAUCUAGCAAAACAGGAGGAGGAAGAAUCAAGGCUGAAGAAAGAAAAAGAAAGAGAGAAACGAAAACAAAGGGAAAAAGAAGAGGCAGAGCAGGCAAGGGCUCAAGAAGAAAAGAGGCUUAAAGAACUUCAGGAACAAGAGGAAAAGGUGAAAGCCAUCAACGCUGCUCCCUCUAAAUUUGAAGAAAUAGCGGCAAAUGGAACUGGAUUGAAGAAAAACGGAUUCCCUGCCAUGAGAGAAAAAUUCGCAGAUGAAACCCCUUCACCUGCUCUGAAAGAGCCUGCAAAACCACCUGUGAUUGUUGAUGCAAAGAUGAGUCAGGAAGUGAACCAAGAGCUGGAGAGGCAAAAGGCUGCGGCAGAUUCAUUAAGGCAAGAACAGCAGAAGCAAGAAGAAUUAAAACAAGAACAACUCAGGCAAGAACAGCAGAAACAAGAAGAAUUAAAACAAGAACAACUCAGGCAAGAAAUGCAGAGGCAAGAAGAAAUAAAACAAGAACAACUUAGGCAAGAAAGGCAGAGGCAAGAAGAAAUAAAACAAGAGCAACUUAGGCAAGAACAAAAAAUUAAAGAGGAGCAAGAGAAAGAAAAGAAGUUACAAGAAGAAAUGAUGAGGGAGCAACAUGAAAAAGAAUUGAAGGAGGAACUACUAAAUGAGUCGGAACAGGCGAGGUUAGAGCAAGAACUGAAAAUGCAGCAACUUCAGAUUUCAAGUAGCCCGGCUGAUGACGAUGGAGAUACUGGCCUCUCAGCUGUUGCGAUGUAUGAUUAUCAAGCAACUGCAGAUGAUGAAAUAUCUUUUGAUCCUGAUGAUGUCAUCACUCAUAUUGAAAUGAUUGAUGAAGGAUGGUGGCGGGGCUUUUGCAAAGGUCACUACGGAUUAUUCCCUGCAAAUUACGUCAUUUUGCUCGAAACACCCGAAUUUCGUGGAACACGCAACUCUUAAUCCAUAUUCUCAAAUCAAAUUAAGGUUCAACCUUAACUAAAACAUUAUCAAAUUUAAAAGUUAUACGAAUGAUUAUACUCUAAACAUGUGUACUGAUUAUUGGAUGGCACAUAGCAAUAGGCUGGCCAUGCUAUGGAUUUUUGAAGACUGGAAAAUAUUAAUGGAACUGAUAUUUUCCCCUAGAUAAUUGUAGGUCCAGUCUUACACAAUUAAUUCAGAUUUUCUCAAUUUAUAUGCAUUGAUUUUAUGACUAACUGGCGACAGGAGUUCAUUUUGAAUUGUCUGAUUUUUUUAACUGUACUAUCGCAGUGUUAUUCGCCCUAUUUCAUCGGGCAGUGUCGCAGAAAGAAGGUAUUCUAAGGGUAUCUCCAACAAGUCAAGAAGCACUAAUCUUAUUUCCUUUAUCAUUUAAUGUCGUAAUGUACCAUCAGAAGGAAGUUUAGUGCUUGAGUCUGGCACCUGCUGUCCAAAGAAAAUACCGAACAUUGAUCCAUCAUCGCUUUAAGUCUCCAAAAAUUAGGUUUUUCAAAUCCAUCCCAGAUGAAAAAUGAGGUGUGUAAUCCUAAUAACAUUGCUAAGUCAUGUCUGGAAAGUCCUUAGAUGUAUUUGUUAAGAUGUUACCGUACAAAUAAUGCCUUCAAUCGAUUUAAUAUUUGCUCAGCUCUCAAUUUGAAUAGAAUUAAUUGAACAUUUUCUAUUUUCACAUCUCUGAGUCGAUUGUUUCCCUUUUAGUGCGUUGAUUAACCAAUACUUGUUGCUUCAGAAAUGUGCAAUUAUGUCAUCUAAUUUUAAACUUAGUUUAAGCCCAUUUUUAUAUUUUUUUAAUUUUUAACGCUCUUGUGUUUUGUAACAUUAUGUGAAUUCUGAUUAUGCGUAUGCUCAGAAUAGUUAUUUGAAAUACAAAUUUUUAUUGAGUUGAAUGAUUAUUGAGAAAGAAAUUUCCCACACUAA